AUGUCUACUAUGAAAAGCAAUGAUAAUCAUCCUUAUCCAAUGUAUGACGCUUAUAAUGAUGGGCCGCAACCACAAGGUUAUGUUUUUCCUCCAAGGCGACCAGCCUCGCAGCCAGGUGGUGCAGUGAGCAAUCCACCAUUCUCCACUAGACCUCGUUCUCGCUGCUUUCAAGGUCGUACUCGUAUGCCUUAUCAUCCUUCUUCAUCGUCAGGUAUGCCAGACUAUGCACCAUCCAACUAUCAAAACACCUCUCCACAUGGGCAAUAUUUGCCACCUCGAGCUACACCACCGUUGGAUAUGGAAGGGAAUGCAUUACCUAGCAACGUGCACCCUUCACCCUAUCCGCAACAUUAUUUCCAUCAUGAUGAAUAUUCUCACAGUGGUAAAGCCUAUCCUGAACGUAGAUAUAGAGGCAACUUCUCACGUCCAUUUACAAGAGGUGGACAAAAUUCAAGCCGAAAUUAUAAUUCAAAACAGCCUAUUAAAAGGAAGAGAUCAGAAAACGAAGAGACCAGAGAUAAAAAUGAUUAUUCUUUUAGUGGGGAAGAAAAAGUUUCUAAAGCUAGCCAUAUCAAGGCUUCAUUUACUUCACGAUUUAACGUAAAACUUGAUUCUCCUGAAGAUAUUAAAGCAUGGCGUGAACAAAGAAGAAAGAAUUACCCAACAGCUGCUAACGUUGAGAAAAAGAAGCAAGAAGCUCUAGACAGAAUUGAACGCGGUGAAAUCAUACCAGAAAAAUCGAAAAGAUACUUAGGUCGAAGUAAACAUCAUAAAGGAAGAGGACAAAGGGGUAGAGGAUAUAAAUUUCAAAAUAGAAAUAAUAGAAGAAGAGACAAUUUCUCUGAUGGACGGAAAAGGCAAAAUAAAGGAAUCAAUCAAAGCGGCUUAGAUUCAACCUUCAAGGGCGACCCCUUAUCGAUGUUAGCUGAUGAAUGUGGUAGUAACAAUUCUGAUGAUGAAUCGUCACGUGAAAGACCUGUUGGUCCCGACACAAAUACUAAAUCUGCCCCUCCGGUUCAAUUAUCGUCUGGUCUUACAACGUUGAUGACUUCGUAUAACAGCGAAGAUAGUUCUGAGAAUGAUGAGAGUUCUAUUAACAAAUUCUCAACGGUUCUAAAUGCUGACCUAAAAGCCCGUAGCGGUAAUACUGACGAAAUUAAGCGUGCUAAAGAAAUUGUCAAUAAUUCAAAGCAAGAACGGCGAUCAAAUAAUCGUCCCGAGUUACUAGCGCCAGAGAUUCAGCGUGAAAGAAAUAUCAUAAUGCAGUGUGUACGAUAUAUUGUCAAGAACAAUUUCUUUGAUCCCGUAAAAGACACCGAUGCAAAUAACCAUUAA